UUGCCACAGUAACCAUUUGUUUCGUAGCAAUUGCCGUUUGAAUCCAGGGACGUCGGUACUGAGACAUUGUUUCUCAGUAACAAGCCUAAACCCUCAGUGGAGAGAGAUGUCCCACCGGGACCACAGUCCCCAGCAGGGUGCUGGACCCAAUCUUGUGGAUUUGGAGGUUAUGCGAAAACGCUCGGAGCUCUUCAGAGCAGAAUGCACGCGGCUGAUGCUGGAAACUGACAAAACAUGCAAACGCAUGCAAAAUGAUGACCACAAGCAACUGGAUCAGCGGCUCCGAGACGUCCAGUUUCUGAAGAAGGAGUUGGAGCUGAAGUCGGAGGAGAUGAUUGUGGAGAUCGAUGUCCUCGUAGCGCUGCAGAGCAGAGUGGUAAAAGCCGUGGAGGCCUGUAAAGCGCCUCUGAAGGUCACCAUGGUCUGUCUGGAAGAGAGGAAACAUCUCCCCUCUGAGUGGCUCCAUGACGAGGUGGAGAGUGAGCUGCUGAAGGAGGCCGAGGUUAUUGAGCGAGUGGCUUCCCUUCUGCAGAGUGUAGAAAAGCAGAUCACUGAGCAGAUAAGACUGGACCGGUCGGCCAAGUACCGGCUGGAGAAGGAUCUGAAGGAGAAAUUCGAGGCUCAGUGCAUCGACAACUCCUGUGCCUUGAUGACCCACAAUUCCAUCAACAACCCGGAGACGACCGAAAACACUGAGAUUGUUCUGCUGAGCUCGGCAGUGACUCCAACGCAGUGGGUGGACGUCUCUGAGAUCAACAUGGCCACAGCGGAGCAGCAGCAGGCGAACUCUCGGUGCCUUCGGGCCCUGGUGGAGUCUCUGCUGGAGCAGACGGCCUCCGACCUGAAGGAGCAGGUCCAGGCCACAACGGCAGCCUUCCAGCUGAAAAUCCGGGAGAUCAAGUCUGCCAAGAGUCAGAUGGAAGAUCAGCUGACUAAGAUUUUGUCUGAGUUUGCCAGCCUGCAGAGGAUCAGGGAGGAUCUCCAUGUGGCCGUUGUGGAGAGCGAGGGAGUUCGGAGUCUGGCACAGGCCCGGCUGGCUUUACGCCGCCAGAGGCCUGGCAAAGAGCAAUGCCACGAUGCGGCACAGUGCCGGCUCCUCGCCGAGGUCCAGCAGCUGACUGCUCACAUCAGCACGCUGCAGGAGGCGGCGCGCCGGUCAGACGAGGAGCAGAGAGCUCUGCGUCGCUCCCAGGUGGAGCUGCAGGAAGGCAUCGAGAUGAAGGCCAACUCGCUCUACAUUGACGAGGUCGUCUGCGGCCAGCACAGGGAGCCCGUCGUCAUCCACGGCUUCUGAGCUCAAGUUGUGUUUUGAUGUUUGAAGAUUAUUAACUGUUAAAGCUGUGCUACUUGACCUUUCUUGUGUAGGUCAAGAUUUACAGUUUGAUCAUUUUAACUCUAAAAAGAAAAUAUACUUGAAGUCACAUAAUGCUAACGUUAAAAUGAGCAAAAACGGGAGCAACUGUACCACCGCUAGUUAAGUUCCUUCUUUCCAUUAAAGGUAUUUCCCAUUUUACAGCGAGUGUCCCCAUCAGGUCCGUACAGUAGCUGUUGAUCUGGCGGCUAAUGAACGGAUCGUAAGGGCCGAAUGUUUGGUUCACUGAUUCCAAGCUUACCAGGGUUGUGUUUUGAUAUUAAUUUGUAUGUGGACAAAUGGCAAUGCUUAUAUAUGUCAAUGUGUGACAAGAUCAUUUCAAAUACCUCAGAUUUGUCAUCGCAGUGUGAACUUCAUCCAUUUAUUACGGUUUUAACUAUUUUCCACUUGAACAUUGACUCAACUCAGUGUGGCAGUUGAUAGCUUCGUUUAUUACACACAUACAAGAUAAAUACUCCACCAAUGUAGUGUUGGACAAACGGGACAUGAGGACCGGGGUGUAAAGCUUAGUCGGCAUUAAUCAAAACUCUUCCUCCUCCAGUUGCACAAUUCUUUUUUUUUCCUGAAUUGUCCGUUCACCAUCAUGUUCUGCUGGUUAUUGUCUUGAUCACAUCCCUGAGACGGUAGGGACACAAAUCAUACUCGCUGUCCAACACAUUUAUUUUCUCACUGUUUUUAAACCACAAGUGUUAUUACAGAAGUUCUCCAACUGUAAAUACGUUUCACACAAUUUCAAUUCCUUAGUUCUGUAUAAAUCAUUGGUAGCUAACUAACAAAGAAUGUUUUAAAUCUAUUAUAACCUUGAGAAAAGUUCUCACGGGAGAUUAAAUUUGACUUCAUUCAUGAUUAAA